GGAGUCGGUGCCGCGAUCCGUCGCCGGGCGGAACGGCCCAGCAGCUCCUCUGCAGCCCGAGAUCCGGGAUGCCCGCCUCUCUCGCCAAAGGCUUUGGGUAGCACGAGACAUGUAGCUGGGGGCCCUCGGAGCUGAGGGGGCGCCGCCGAUCACGGCAGCCGCGGUGGGCGGCAGGGAGACCUGGAUCCGCUCGGGAUUUGCAGGCGAUCAACAAGGCUUUCUGACCCUGGUUGUUUAAAGGGAAGAGCAGCCGCGCGUUCCUUAAGUUACUCUGCUGAAAAGAAGAAAGUUUGCUGGAACCGGGAGCGAAGUGUGUGUGGGUGGGUGGGUACGUAGGUAGGUAGGUAGGUAGGAAGGAGCUGCAAGGUCUGCCCAGCUCUGGCACAGACUGCAUAUGUUUGGGUAAAUGUAAAUGCAAAUGCCUUACAUUAUAAGUACAUCCUUUUGCACUGAGUCGAUGGGUCUUCAGGUUCUGGUAUAAAGGCAAAAAAGGAUUUUCUAAUCUUGAUACCUGCUUUUCAUGCAAUGGAAAAUAUUGGGCUGGACCAACUUGUUAAGAAAGUAACUGAAACUUCAAAAGCAUCACCUGUUUAAAUUACAUUUUUCAAGAUGAGUUUGUUUUUUCGCUCUCCUGGGUCUUCUGUCCCAUGCUCUGCAUAUGCAGUGAUGGGGCUUUCUUCCACCCCUGAGAGUGCUGCAUGCAGCCCUUUCCUUAAAGUGAGAGUGGAGAGAGUUGAACCUGCCUUUGCCAGCUAGUUCUUACGUCGCUGUCGCCCUGCAAUCACUGGAGCAUCUCAGUCUACAAAAUAGUGAUUCCUAAUUUUUGUAGUCAGAUCAAGGUGAUUUCAUUAUGAAGGCUGUCUAGUCUUGUAGAAAACCUGUUGAACUUCCUCACGUGUCUUUAAACUUGUAUGCUUAAAUCCAUGGAGUUCCACCAGCCCGUCCUGCGAACACUUGAGAGGGAGAGAGAGAGAUCCCCUCAGCCAGUGAGGUUGUGGAAUUGCGAGUUUCUAAACUCUUGCAUGUUGGGAGAAGUUAUAUUCUUCCAGCCCUGGCUAUUUUCUGUCCUUCAGCAGAGCUUUCUGCUUUUUCAUACAGCAAUCGCACAUGAGUAAAACUGUCCAGGUAUCUUUAGUGAGCAGUUCAGUAGGAAUGGAAAUGCCAAGCCCACCUGUGGGAAGAGGUCCAUCUAGUUUAAAAACAAAAAGAGAUCCAUGACAGGAGGCAGGAGAAGGAACUUCUUCCCUCAAUUCAAGAUGCAAAGGAAAAUGCCAGGCCAGGUCCUCUUACUUCAACCCCUGAUUCAGUGCGAUACGGAGGCACGUUUGUGGUGGCUCGAGACAAAGCCUCCAGAGACAGAAGGUGCCUCUUUACCGCCUGUUCGGGAAGGGCGACCAAGGACCGUGGGCCAUUCCCCCUUUCAAGCUGUCAGUGUGGAUACAUGGAACGCAGCAGUGGAGGCACCUGGGAGCCAUGAAGGAAACGCUUCAAGACAAAGAGUGCUGGGGGCCGUCCCCAGGCCUCCGGGAUCCCAUGGGGCAUCGGGACACGCUGUGCCGGUCUUCCCGGGAGUGGGGUGCACCUGAGCACAAACAUGGUGGCUGCUUUGAGGGGAGCCGUCACUUGGCGUACGCGAAGAAGCAGCCCGCGGGCUUCACCCCUUUGUCCUCCAGCAGCGACGAGGAAGGAAAGUGGGGUCUCUCCGGCAUGUCCAGCUGGGGAGUGGCAGAGGGCCCCUCCGACCCCGCUCAGAACAAAGCCGGCCGGGGGAAGGUGGCCAGGAGUGGCGGGCGGGCCUGGCCCUUCGAGGCGCGGCCCAGCUCCCAUUUCAGAGGGCGCCCACCGCUGCUGGGGACCUCCAAGCGGCCCGGCUUCCGCCGGCGGCGGCAGCGGGCCCUGCGGGCCUUCCGGAUGCUCCUGUAUUCUAAGAGCUCUUUCCAUUGGAAGCUGUGGGGCAAGAUGGCAUCCAAAGGGCGCCGCCGGGGAGGAGCGAAGCGGGCCCGGUCCUCCCUGUCCCUCUCCCCCGGCUCCCAGGCUGAUGACGACCCCCUCCCCGUCUAUAAAGUGAGCUGCCGCUUAGGGGAGGAGGACUGCCCGGGGGGAGCCAGGCGGAGGCCCUGCCCUGCCCGCUUCAAGCCCCGCCCGGCCGAGCCCCACCUGAACUAUGAGCUGGACGCGGCCUUCCCCCCGGCUUCGCCCGCGCCUCAGCCCACCCGCCUCGGCCUGCUGGGAGCCCUGAUGGAUGAUGCCUCGCCCUACCCCCAGUAUGUGGAGCUGCGGAGGGUCAGUUUCGACAAGGACCCGGGAGCUAUGGAGCUGGACGAGGAAGACGCUGCCGCCAUGCUGAAGUACCCUGUGGGGGGUCCCCAGGCCUCCCCCAGAACUAGGAAGAUCGGCGAGAGUGAGCACAGUCUGGACGGCGAUGGAGGCUCCGCGGCUGCCCUUCCCAACGGGUUUGCCCCCCUCACUCCGGAUGGCGACUUCUGCUCCCUGCCUGGCGUCACAGACGCCACCAUCCUCAUCAGCAACGUGUGCAGCAUCGGGGGCCCCGCGGCCGAGGAGCUCUUCCAGGGCCCCCGGGACACAGACCGGCCGCUGGACCCUUCCGGCCGGGGGAUCGACGCGGGGGGCCAGCCCGCCGAGGGGGCCCAGGACCGGCUCGGCGAGAAAGCCGCCCAGCACAGCCCGCUGAGGGAAGAGCACAUCACAUGUGUGCACAACAUCCUGGACGAGUUCCUGCAGACAUACGGCAGCCUCAUCCCCAUCAGCGUGGACGAGGUGGUGGAGAAGCUGGAGGACAUCUUCCAGCAGGAGUUCUCCCCGCCCCAGAGGAAGGGCAUGGUGAACCAGCUGAUCCAGUCCUACCAGCGCAUGCCGGGCAAUGCCGUGGUGCGGACCUUCCGGGUCACCUACAAGCGCCACGUGGUCACCAUGGACGACUUGCAGACGCUCUAUGGGCCCAACUGGCUCAACGACCAGGUCAUGAACAUGUACGGGGAUCUUGUCAUGGAUACAGUGCCAGAGAAGGUGCAUUUCUUCAACAGUUUUUUCUACGAUAAGCUACGAACCAAGGGGUACGAGGGCGUGAAGCGCUGGACCAAGAACGUGGACAUCUUCAACAAGGAGCUGCUGCUCAUCCCGAUCCACCUGGAGGUUCACUGGUCUCUGAUCUGCGUGGAGGUGAAGCAGAAGAAAAUCACGUACCUGGACUCCCAGCGCACCCUCAACCGGAGAUGCCCGAAGCACAUCUGCAGAUACCUGCAGGCCGAAGCGGACAAGAAGAACCGCCCAGACUUCAGAGAUGGCUGGAAAGGGGUUUUCCAGAUGAACAUUGCCAGACAAAACAACGACAGCGAUUGUGGAGCAUUUGUCCUGCAGUAUUCCAAAUUUCUGGCUCUGGGCCUCCCUUUCACGUUCACGCAGCAAGACAUGCCGAAACUCCGCCGACAGAUGUACAAGGAGUUGUGCCACUGCAAACUCAUUGCGUGAUGGGCCGACACACACACACACACACACCCCCACCGCCUUGGACAGAUGGACACACGACUCUCCCUUCCUGCCGCUGGGAGCAGCCCCCCAAAAGUUCUCCCUCCCUCGUUGGGGCGCAGGUUCGGAUGCCAUCAGAUUUGGGGUACAUACCAAGGGGACUGUUAGGUCACUGGAACUCCGAGGUUGAAUAACCGGACUCAUUUGGGGGGAAUUUUUUAAUCCAAGUUACCCCCUCUUUCUUCUCUUCCUGGUCUUUUUUUUGUUUUGUGUUGUUCAUAUUUAAACCCAGCACAGGGUGGCA